ACAACUUAACAUUUUCUACAAUUUGAACUUUCCCCAACUUGACUUCGCGAAAAACUUCAAUUCAAUCAACGUUACCGAGUCCAUCUUCUAUCUCAACGCCACACAGCAGUCACGAUGGUUCGAUACGCUGCUACCGAGAUCGAUUCCGCGAAGUCGGCCCGCGCCCGCGGUGCUUACCUACGUGUUUCUUUCAAGAACACCCGAGAGACUGCUCAAGCUAUCAACGGCUGGAAGUUGGUCCGCGCUCUUAAGUUCCUCGAGAAUGUGAAGGAGAAGACCGAGGCUGUCCCUAUGCGACGAUACGCUGGCAGCACUGGCCGAACUGCCCAAGGCAAGCAGUUUGGUGUCUCUAAGGCCCGAUGGCCCGUAAAGUCCGCCGAGUUCCUGCUCGGUCUCCUGAAGAAUGCUGAGUCCAACGCGGAUGCUAAGGGCCUCGAUACCAGCAACCUGAUCGUCAAGCACAUCCAGGUCAACCAGGCCCCUAAGCAGCGAAGACGAACUUACCGUGCCCACGGUCGUAUCAACCCCUACAUGUCUAACCCAUGCCACGUCGAAUUAAUCCUAACCGAGGGUGAGGAGGUUGUCCAGAAGUCGGAGGCUGUUGUACGUGAGCCCACACACUUGAGCUCCCGACAACGCGGUGCUCGUAUCCGCCAGGCCAUCACUGCCGCAUAGAUUCUCUUAAGAGGAGAACAGGGCGGGUGAUGUGACGAUUAAUGGAGAAGGUUCGGGGUUUUUAGUGCUUUUCACUCCUGGUGUCAAGGCGGUCGUAAAGCAUGGGUCAAGGUUUCUGGCAUGCAAUUCGCGAAUAAGACUUUCGUGAUUCCCCAAAUACCAAAAAGUUACUGAACAAGUUGCGCUGCUCUUCCCGGUUGUGACUGAUACUUCCCUUUCCUAUAUGGAUAUACGUUCACUAUUAACAAUAUACGGAGCUGUGCUAAGUGUAGGCCCAUUACUCAUACACGACAUCAUACCUAAGUAUGCUACCUUCAUACUCCACUUGUCGACCUACUCUUCUCCAAUAAUAGAGCAAAAGUUAAUUCAACCUACCGUUCCGCAUUCACAAAAGUCACAGGUUGGAUUUCUUCAUAAAAUUGCGAUAG